CACCCAUCACAAAACUACUGCUGUUCCUACUACUGUGGGUGCUCAGGGCAUGAAAGUAAACUGUUAAAAAAAAUGCAUUCAGUUAAAAAGGAAAAGUAGAUGGAAAGGAUGUUGUGCUUUGCAUUACUGAUCUAACUGAAAGCUGUAAGGAACUUGUGCAGGAUUUACAUUGAAAGGAGAGCAUAAAUGUUUGCUCUGCAUUGACUGUGCACAGCACUGACUGAGACCUGAGCUAUUAAUAGCUUGAAGAGGAGGGUCGAGACUUAGUGCUGCUGCAGUUGUAGGGAACCACAAAGUGCCCAGUGAUUGGAAAGUUACUCAUAUUAUGGCGCUAAAGCGAGUUGAUUUUUUUUUAGCAUGUGCUUAUUAGUAGAAACAAGUGUUCUUAGUUGAGUCUUUGUGGAGUGGUUUGAAUUAGGUCUGCUCAGUUUGUAAAGCAUGAAAAGUUUUCUUUCUGAACUAGCAUAUUUCCAUGUUGCAGAUGAAUGUUUUUUUUUUUAAAUUUUUUUUAUAUGCAAUGAAAUGGUAUUAUGUAUUAUGUAAAAGGUUCUCACUGGAAUUUAAUGACUACAAAGUAGCAACUUGUGUUAGAACAGUAUUUCUCUGUCUAGCUUUAUUUUUGUCAGCCUCAUGAAUAUGAACAUUGGGGAAUUUGUGAUGUAAAAUCUUCAGUAAGAUUCUGGGUGGUUCUUGGAGCACAUUUUUAUUUUUUUUCGUCUCUCCUCUGGCUUUUGCUGUUAUGUAGCAUGUGCCUCCAACGGUAUAGAUGACAGAUUCGUGCAAGUCUGAUUUUGUUCGCGUUACUGCAGUGGACUGCAUACAGACAAAGCUGGUCUGGUGAUUUGAGACAGCAGAGCAUUGCAUGCCAGUUCUGUUUUUACAGCUCUAGUUGGGAGCGGUGUCAUUGGCAGGCCCAGCACUGACUGUGGCUGCUUAAACUUUUUAUUACCUGUUAGGACUAUUUAUAACGCUCCUGUGCAUGGUCUGCUCUCAGCUGUCAGUGAUUUGCACCUGCAGGGAGCUCUUUGGCUGUAGGCUUGAUGGAUGGCUGACUGAAUGGUCGGGCAGGCAAGAGAGAAACCCCGAAAUGCUUUUUGUUGGUUCUGCACAUACCCAUAAAGACUGUACCCAGUGUAACACAUGGCAAUGUUUAGUCGGGCCAGACUGGUUUCAGUCACCUGUCUAAUGCAAAUAGUACGGGUAAAUAACCUAAUUUCUAAACACACAUGUACGGAACAUGCAUGCAUUUCUGUGAAUGACCUGUAUGCGCGCGUGUGUGUGUGUGUGUGCCUCCCAGUUACUGCGUUCCUAUUUUAAGUAAGCGACAAAAGGCCCACUUAGAUUUGGUUGGCUGGAAAGUCGGCCUGCUCCACAGAGCACUUCUUGUUAACUCAGGGCUGCUUGUAGUUCUAGGGCCACUUGCCUCCCCCUUCAGUGGAUGUCCACAUGUCCUCCCUGUCUCAAAGUGCUCAACUCAGCAAAUAUUUGAAACUUUGCAAGUUAAUCAUAAGACUGCCCCCCUCCUUCCCCACCCCCACCCCCAAGCCUCCGCCUUUACAAACAGAAAGAGGGAGUGACCAAAGAGCAUAGAGAGACACACAAACCAACGCAGCUGGCACAAGUGGCUGCUUUCAGAACAGGCUGCAUCGACACUGGAGCGGCUCCUGCUAAUCAUUAACUUUGUGACUACACGUGAGCAGGCCUCCGCCUCACAGGGCUCAGAAAGGGAAAGACAGAGACUCAGCCCUUUACCGCACCUUCAGCAGGAACUGAGCAGUCAGUCAGUGAGACAGUCGCAUGCGGCACCUGCUUCACGUCGAGCGGAUUACCUGGAUUUCAUUAAGAGGCACACAAAGCCGUGACCUUUUAAGAAUUAAAACAGACCAUGUACUCACUGGUCUAAACUAUGAAAUGGAGCUUUACAGAAGGACUUGAAACUAACUCUGUUGGAUUUACUUUAUUGUUUUGGAAUAAAAGAGAAGCUGCAAAGAAGAGAGAACUGAUUCCUCGAGACAUGCACAACUUGCAACCUCUACCUCCAAAGCCACCCAAGCCCACAUCUGUGAUUAACAACGGUAUGAACAACAACAUGGCGCUACAAGAUGCUGAAUGGUACUGGGGAGACAUCUCAAGGGAGGAGGUCAAUGAGAAACUGAGGGACACUGCAGAUGGUACGUUUUUGGUGCGGGACGCCUCGACAAAAAUGCACGGAGACUACACUCUGACUUUGAGGAAAGGAGGAAACAACAAGCUUAUCAAGAUAUUCCAUCGAGAUGGCAAAUAUGGCUUCUCUGAUCCACUAACCUUCAACUCAGUCGUUGAGCUCAUCAACCACUAUCGCAACGAGUCCCUGGCUCAGUACAACCCCAAGCUAGACGUCAAGCUGCUGUACCCCGUGUCUAAACACCAGCAGGAUCAAGUGGUAAAAGAGGACAACAUCGAAGCUGUGGGCAGGAAGCUCUGCGAGUACCACCAGCAAUACCAAGAAAAGAACAAAGAGUACGACCGUCUCUAUGAAGAGUACACCAGAACAUCACAAGAAAUCCAAAUGAAAAGGACGGCGAUAGAGGCUUUCAAUGAAACUAUCAAAAUAUUCGAGGAGCAAUGCCAAACACAAGAGCGCUACAGCAAGGAGUAUAUUGAGAAAUUCAGGAGAGAAGGCAAUGAAAAAGAGAUUCAGAGGAUCAUGGGAAAUUAUGAGAAGUUGAAAUCGAGGAUUAGUGAAAUAGUAGACAGCAAGCGCAGGCUGGAAGAAGACUUGAAGAAACAGGCAGCAGACUACAGGGAGAUCGACAAGAGGAUGAACAGCAUCAAGCCUGACCUCAUCCAGCUCCGCAAGACCAGAGACCAGUAUCUCAUGUGGUUGACCCAGAAGGGAGUCAGGCAGAAAAAACUCAACGAGUGGCUGGGAAUCAAGAACGAGAGCACAGAAGAUCAAUAUUCUAUGGUGGACGAUGAUGAAGACCUUCCUCAUCAUGAUGAGCGCACCUGGAAGCUGGGCAACAUCAAUCGCUUACAGGCGGAGGCGAUCCUCCAGGGCAAGAGAGACGGAACAUUCCUGGUUCGAGACAGCAGCAAAGCGGGAUGCUACGCCUGCAGUGUGGUUGUGGACGGCGAGGUGAAACACUGCGUCAUCAACAAGACCCCCACAGGGUACGGCUUCGCUGAACCUUAUAACCUGUACAACUCAUUAAAAGAACUCGUUCUUCACUACCAGCACACGUCUUUGGUCCAGCACAAUGACUCUCUGAAUGUGACACUAGCGUACCCUGUGUACGCUCAACAGAGACGAUGAGGACCCGGACGUAUCCAUAUUGACGAUUAAGGCCCCAUGGAAGUUGGAGACAUGUUUCGACCACCAUGAUUAAGGCUUCGAUAGCCGGACUCGGACUUGAAGUUGGAGGAAAAGACACAACAAAGCCUGAAACAUUUCAGUGACUUUGCCUAAACCAUGAGCCUGAGGCGAGUCUGAAUGUAGAUUUUUUUUUUUUUUUUUUCUUCCCCCCUUUCUGCUUUUUGUGGGAGCACAGAAUCGAGCGAACACUGCUGAACUCGCCCAGCGGAGGACAUUUGAGGCCUUCUCCUUAUGGUGCUUGUUUUUGUUUUGUUUUUUCCCCCUGUUCCCAAAAGCUUUACCAGCUGGAUUAUCAAAUCGCAACAGAACUCACCGGCUACAAAUUUUGUUUUUCCUUUUUCCCCUUCUUCCCCUGUUGUGUGUGCGUGCGUGUGUGUGUGUGUGUGUGUGUGAGACUGUCCAUGUGACCAAAUCUCAUAGAAUCAGGAAACUCUGUGAUAUUGGAGGGCUGUGUAACACUUUGCUUGUAUUAACUGUUCAGUAGCAGACCAUGGAUCAGCUGACAAAUGUAGCAAAAUGGCACUUUUUAAAAAACAAAACAAAGUUUCACAAAAGAAACUCCUAUGGACUUUUAUUAGAAGAGCAGAGAGGACAAGUACCCACAUUCUGCCUUCUCACUGAUGAGCAUUACAGUGCAUACGUAAACUUGAUUUGAACUGUGGGCAGGGAGAAACUAUGAAUGGACUAUUCUUUCAUGUACAUAUGUGAAAAUGUGCAGUCAUGACUCGUACCAAAAAGGAUUUGUUCCUCUUUAGUUGUAUCCUGAUCUGCUAUGCAAACCUUUCUCCAUUUUUAUUUCAGAAUUGUUUUAUUCUGUUGCAAACCCACAAUAUAAGCUUGUUUUAGUGCUUGAAAAGUAUUUUUUGUUCCUGUGUAAAUAUCCAAGAGGAUAUUUUGUCAAAAUGCCAAGAUACAGUUUAAAAAAUGCUUAUGAUUUUUAAAGAUGAUAGAAACAUACUUUAUUAUAAAUUACUUUAACAACUGGUAUACAGAUGAAAGGGUUUUUUUUUUCUUUUUUUUUUUUUUUUGGCUUCAAACUAAUGUUUUCUUCUCAGGCAGAGCCUUUUGAGUAUUUGAGCUGCUUUAGUCACAAGUACUAUUUCCGACAGAGCUAAGCCUACAUGCAGUUCUUUGUUAAAAGAAGGUCAGGCUGAUGGGAUUGUACGACCCUUAUCUACCAUCACAGAAACAACAGUAUAGAUUUAUUUUGUUAUAAAAUAUAUUUGUUCCCAUAUGAGAAUAUAUCAAAGCAGACUGGUGUUUUCAACUGGUGGAUAUUGCUAUUAAAGAUCAAUAUGCAUUGUACACUUACUAUUUUUUCUGUAUCAGAAAAUCACUGUUUACAUGGGUGGAUCGGCUCAUUUCAGACGGUAACAUAAUAUUUCAUAACCCCUAAAAGAAGGAAAACAAAGAGCCACGUGCUCUAUUCCCACACCCUAAAUUUGGCUUUUACAAGUCUACGAUACAAGUGCGCCAGACCACGUAAACUAUGACGUAAAAAAUCACAAACUGUAUUACUCACAAUAUAUUUUGUAACCCUUCAACAUGUCAUCACAGCUGUCAGGUGAACCUGUUGAACGUAUCUGUAGCAAACUAGUUGUAGAGACAUUAACAGAAUCUGAUUUUGAUAGUUUUCCCGUUUUUUGUUGGCGUGACAGUUUACGUUAAUUUCCAUCUUGGACACAACUUGUUCUCUUGGGAACGGUCUACAUGUACAAACCACGGAGGAAAGCUUAGUUUUAAUUCACAAUUUUCGUUAUUUACACACAGACUAGUUUUAACACAUUUGACCAAAUUACUCAUUCACAACUUUAAAUGUAACACAUUUAUAGGAGUUGUCUUUUUUCCUUUUUUCUUCCCCUCCCUUCCUCCAAAGCUGUUAACAGGUGUGUCUCAUAUUUGACAUUUAGAUCCUCAGCAGCUGCUGGCAUGAACAUUUUGAUUCCCUUUGUCAAUUUUUCUUAAGUCUGACAACAUGCACCAUUAUUUCUUUACCCCAUUUCUGGGUAGUAUUGUUGUUUUGUUGUCCUUUUUAUUUGAAGCUCCUCUUUGGUGUUGGCGUCCCAAAAACGAUUGGAUUGAGAUUGCCAGUGUUCCCCAGUUUUGCUUUGAAUCUGUAUUGGGCUUUGUUAAAAAUGAAAUAAAACUCUUCUUUUUACGAAA